AUGCCGAGCUGCACCGCGUCCACCAUGCCGGGGAUGAUCUGCAAGAACCCAGACCUCGAGUUUGACUCGCUGCAGCCCUGCUUCUACCCGGACGAAGACGACUUCUACUUCGGCGGCCCGGACUCGACCCCCCCGGGCGAGGACAUCUGGAAGAAGUUUGAGUUGCUGCCCACGCCCCCGCUGUCGCCCAGCCGUGCCUUCCCGGAGCAGAGCCCGGAGUCCGCGACCUGGGCCACCGAGAUGCUGCUUCUGCCCGAGGCCGACUUGUGGGGCAUCCCGGCCGAGGAGGACGCGUUCGGCCUGGGGGGACUGGGCGGCCUCACCCCCAACCCGGUCAUCCUCCAGGACUGCAUGUGGAGCGGCUUCUCGGCCCGUGAGAAGCUGGAGCGCGCCGUGGGGGAGAGGCGGCAGCCCGGCGGCGGGCCGCCGGCCGCCGGCUCCGUCGCCCCUACCCCGGGGGCCGCUCCUCCGCGCGCAGGCGGCCGCCCGGCCAGCGGCAGUGACCACAAGGCCCUCAGCACCUCGGGAGAGGACACCCUGAGCGACUCAGAUGAUGAAGAUGAUGAAGAGGAAGAUGAAGAGGAGGAAAUUGAUGUGGUCACCGUGGAGAAGCGGCGUUCCUCCUCCAGCAGCAAGGCUGUCACCACUUUCACCAUCACCGUGCGUCCCAAGAAUGCAGCCCUGGGCCCGGGGAGGGCUCAGUCCAGUGAGCUGAUUCUCAAACGCUGUGUCCCCAUCCACCAGCAGCACAACUAUGCCGCCCCGUCACCCUACAUGGAAAGCGAGGACGCGCCGCCCCAGAAGAAGAUUAAGAGUGAGGUGUCACCGCGACCCUUCAAGAGUGUCAUCCCCCCAAAGGCUAAGAGCUUAAGCCCCCGCAACUCUGACUCAGAGGACAGCGAGCGUCGCCGCAACCACAACAUCCUGGAGCGCCAGCGCCGCAAUGACCUGCGCUCCAGCUUCCUCACGCUCAGGGACCACGUGCCGGAGCUGGUGAGGAACGAGAAGGCUGCCAAGGUGGUCAUUUUGAAAAAGGCCACCGAGUACGUCCACUCCCUGCAGGCCGAGGAGCACCAGCUUUUACUGGAAAAGGAGAAAUUGCAGGCAAGACAGCAGCAGUUGCUAAAGAAAAUUGAACACACUCGGACUUGCUAAACGUUUCUCAAAACUGGACAGUCACUGCCACUUUGCACAUUUUGAUUUUUUUUUUUUUUUAACAAACAUUGUGUUGACAUUAAGAAUGUUGGUUUACUUUCAAAUCAGUCCCCUGUCGAGUUUGGAUCUGGGCGGGGAGCAGGACGUGCGGGGUUCUGCCAGGACCUCAGAGAGCCUGCACCAUGACGGGAUGCCAGGUGGUCCUUGCAGUGUCCUCCACCACGCCUCCAUGACAGCGGUAGAAGUUCGUGACAUUGGGAGCCUUUGGGCUGUUGAAGUCACCUUGUUUGUUCCAGGUUUCCAAACAGAAAGUCAUUCCUUCUUUUAAAAAUGGUGCUUAAGUUCCAGCAGAUGCCACGUAAGGGGGUUGCCAUUUGAAACCCCUGGGGAACAUUUCUGUAAAUACCAUUGACACACCCGCCUUUUGUAUACGUCCUGGGUAAUGAGAGGUGGCUUUUGCGGCCAGUAUUAGACUGGAAGUUCAUACCUAAGUACUGUAAUAAUACCUCAAUGUUUGAGGAGCAUGUUUUGUAUACAAAUCUAUUGUUAAUCUCUGUUAUGUACUGUACUAAUUCUUACACUGCCUGUAUACUUUAGUAUGAUGCUGAUACAUAACUAAAUUUGAUACUUAUAUUUUCGUAUGAAAAUGAGUUGUGAAAGUUUUGAGUAGAUAUUACUUUAUCACUUUUUGAACUAAGAAACUUUUGUAAAGAAAUUUACUAUAUAUAUAUGCCUUUUCCUAGCCUGUUUCUUCCUGUUAAUGUAUUUGUUCUUGUUUGGUGCAUAGAACUGGGUAAAUGCAAAGUUCUGUGUUUAAUUUCUUCAAAAUGUAUAUAUUUAGUGCUGCAUCUUAUAGCACUUUGAAAUACCUCAUGUUUAUGAAAAUAAAUAGCAAUUAAAUGAUUCAA